CCUGGCGGACUCAGCCCAGUUGAAGUGAAGCUUCUCCGGGUUCAGACCCGUCCGCAGGUCGCUGUGCUCCCGGUUCCCCGGUUCUCCGGUUCCCCGGUUCCCCGGUCCCCCGCCGCCGCUGCUCGUCCGCGGACCCUCGUCCCGGUUCGACCCGUAACGACACUUUCCACUUUCAGAGUUCAGGAAGCUAAGUUAGCAUGCUAGCAGGCAGCGGAGGGUGUGUGUGUUGUGUGUCGGUGCAAUUGUGUCGCAGAUGGAGGAGAAGUUGUGUGUUUCCAGAAGAGGAGAACAGCAGAACAACAGAUAGAAGGAAGAAAAUGUUUGAAAACGUCCUGACAGUGUCCUCUGCCGAGCGGCAGCAGGUCCUCGGAGCUCUGGACCGUCUCCACUCCAAACUGGUCCAGAAGGAGGAGUGGACUCACAGUGACUCUGUGGUGAACCUGAGGGAGACGCUGCAGAGUCCUCUGUUCAACCACAUCCUCACACUGCAGCACUCCAUCAAACAGCUGAGACACCAGCUGAGCAGCAUGCCUCCGGACGCCUGCAGCGAGUUCGGCUUCUCUAAGAAGGGUCAGCUGAUCAUGAGCGCCGCCAGCAGCUCGGCCCCGCCCACCCUCGCUGCCUCCGCCUCCUCCAUCCUGACCAAUGGCUCGUCACCACUCAUCAAUCAGGACCCGCCCACACAAGACGUCCUCCAGAAGUGGAUCCUCAUUGCUGCCCAGGGCCGGCACACGGAGCUGGUGUGUCUGACCCGGCCUCUCUCUGGAGGUCUGGGCUUCAGCGUGGUCGGUCUGAAUCCAGCAGGGAGCAGCAGUCAGGGGGUGUUUGUGAAACACGUCCAGCCCGGAGGCAUCGCUCACAGGGACGGACGUCUCCAGGAGCGAGACCAGAUCCUGGUGAUUAACGGUCACCCUCUGGAGCCGGGGGUGGACCAGCAGCAGGCCCUGACCCUCCUGCAGCAGCCCGGGGAGACCGUGGAGCUGAUGGUGGCCCGGGAUCGCCCACCCGGUGCGCUGUCGCCCAUCACACCGGUCAACAAGGAUCAGUGGAGUCACGUGGAGGAGAUCGAGCUGGUGAACGACGGCUCUGGUUUGGGCUUCGGCAUCGUGGGGGGGAAGACGUCGGGGGUGGUGGUCCGGACGCUCAUCCCCGACAGCGUGGCGGACAAGGACGGACGUCUCCGCACAGGUGACCACAUCCUCCGAAUUGGGGCGACGCCCACCACGGGCCUCACCAGCGACCAGGUCGUCAAGGCUCUGCAGGAAUGUGGGAGUCACGUGACCAUGCUGAUUGCCAGGGAUCCUCGAGGUCAGAGGUCAACAGGUCCUCAUCCCCCACCACCUCCAGACUCCGCCCCCGUCUCCUCCCUCUCCCCCCGACCCCCUGCGCUGCCCCUCCAACGCCCUGACCACGCCCCCCAACGCCGCCUCAGCAAGAUGCCCAACCUGGAGGGAUAUGAGAUCCACGAGGUUCCUCUCACCAAGAAGGACGGUCAGAGUCUCGGUAUCUCCAUCAUCGGCUACAACCCUCAGACCAGUCAAGACGCAGUCGGAGUGUUUGUGAAACACGUAGUUCCAGGCAGCGCUGCUGACCAGAGCGGAAACAUCUGGGUCCACGACCGACUGAUGGCUAUGGACGGCGUCAGUCUUCACGGAAUGACCAAUCACGAGGUGCUGGAGGUGAUGAAGCAGACGGGUCAGACGGUGGUUCUCACUGUGGUCAGGAAGAAACCCAGAGCCCUGGAGAGGUCCCUGGAUAAAGUGGAGAGGGAGCCGUCUCGUGUGUCUCUGCAGAGGUCUCCAGACGUGAAGUCCUCGACAAUGAAGCUGGAGCAGACGCACCUGAACACAGCACAGCUCAGCAGAGAAGCAGAACUGAGAGCUAAAUGGGAUCAGGCUCUGGGACCAAAGUACCAAGUCCUGGUGGUGGAGCUGGAUCCUGUCAUUGAAGAUGAUGCAGAGCUGCAGAAAUCCUCUAAACUGCUGCCUGUGCACACGCUGCGUCUCGGUGUGGAGCUGGACUCGUUCGACGGUCACCACUACAUCUCCUCUGUGGCCCCUGGAGGCCCCGUGGACAGACAUGGAGUGUUGAGACCAGAGGACGAGCUGCUGGAGGUGAACAAUGUUCAACUGUACGGGAAGACUCGUCGUGAAGUGGUGUCGUUCCUGAAAGAGGUUCCUCCUCCGUUCACACUGGUCUGCUGCCGACACCCGACCUCCGACCUGGAGCCAGAACCAGAACCAGAGUCUGAGUCUGAGUCUGAACCGGACUCAGGACCCGGACGAGGAGCGACAGGACGACCGCAGCCCAGCGUGGAGGAGAUCGAGUUGAAGUUGUCGUCGAUGCUCUGCAGUCAGACUGUCCUGAGAGACCAACAGCAGCAGGUUACACAGGAGCAGGUAUUAUCAUCAUCAUCAUCAGAGGAGGAGGAGGAGGAGGAGGAGGAGGAGGAGGAGGAGGAGGAGAGUCAACACAGCCAGGAGGAGGAGGAGGAGGAGGAGGAGGAGGAGGAGGAGGAGGAAGGGGAGCUGGCUCUGUGGUCACCAGACAUCCAGAUGUUGGAGCUGCAGAAGGAGCGAGACAAAGGCCUCGGCUUCAGUAUCCUUGACUACCAGGACCCGUUAGACGCUGGUCGCUGUGUGAUGGUGAUUCGCUCGUUGGUUCCUGGCGGGUCAGCAGAGCGUCACGGUGGCCUACUUCCCGGAGACCAGCUGGUUUCAGUCAACCACAUCCAGCUGGACCUGCUCACCUUGGCCCAGUCUGUGGAGGUCUUAAAGUCUAUCCCAUCUGGCACUGUCCGCCUGGGUAUCCGGAAGCCUCUGGUGGUGGAGCCGACAGAGAGGAGCCGACAGGACGACAACACAACGUCUCUCAGCAACACGCAACUGCUUGUUCCAAAGGGUUUCGGUGACGGCUCCAUCCUGCCUGAAGACCUUCGCCGGGAAGAAGAGGAGGAGGAGGAGGAGGAGGAGCCAGAGCUUAUCCUGGAUGGAGGUCUGCCUCGCUACGCCACCUCCUCCCUGACUUUUGACCUCCUGCCUGUAGAAGAGGGUAGGGAGAUGGCUGUGGACGAGGAGGAGAUGAAUACGACAGAAGAAAGAGAAGAGGAGAAGAUGGACUCUCUCUCCAGGAAACCUCCCCCGUCAUGGGAGGAGUGGAGGCUCACCUCCUCCAGCCGAGGUCGACCAGAGGAGAGCUGGAGUCAGAAGCAGGAUGACGAGCAGAUGUCAGAGCGAGAAAGUAUCGUGUCUGAAGGAAACCAGAUCCUGGACUUCAGAGACAGUGAAGCAGACUCGGAGCUCACUCUGACAGACACCGACACAGAGAUGAUUGACAUGGGGAGGAGGAAGAGGCGGACCCAGGGAGGAGCCUCUCUACCAAUCAGAGGAGGCCACAGGAAUCUUCCUGAACGAGAGGAGGGGGAGGGAGAGGAAACUCCUGCCUUCAGUCACUGGGGACCCCCCCGCAGGGUGGAGGUGUGGGCGGAGGAGGACGAGUCCCUGGGCCUGAGCAUCGUGGGAGGUCAUCACAUCAUCAAGCGUCUGAGGAACGGCGAGGAGCUGAAGGGAAUCUUCAUCAAACAGGUUCUGCCAAAGAGUCCUGCUGCCAGGACGCGUUGUCUGAAGACCGGGGACAAGAUCCUGGAGGUGUCAGGUGUGGACCUACGAGCUGCCAGUCACGAGGAGGCGGUCAGUGCCAUUAAAUCAGCUCCGAGUCCGAUCGUCUUCAUCGUCCAGAGUCUUUGUGCGACGCCUCGGCCUGUCUCUCUAACAGCUCCCAGCCUCAUUAAACACAGAGCGCAGACGAUGGACUCUCUGAGAACCACGCCCCCUCUGAGACAGCCCCCGCCCUACACUCCUCCCAGCCAAUCAGAGAACGAGCUGAACUCUGACCUUGAGCAGGCCAAAGAGCGCUGGUGUGAGCGAUACGGAGACCUGCAGGGGGAGCUGUUGUGCGUGGAGGUGGAGAAGGAGCGUCAGGGUCUGGGUCUCAGUCUGGCAGGAAACAGGGAUCGUUCCCUCCUCAGCAUCUUCGUGGUCGGACUCAGUCCUGGAGGAGCGGCGGCUCGAGACGGACGCAUCCGGGUGGGAGACGAGCUGCUGGAGAUCAACAACCAGAUUCUUUAUGGGCGGAGCCACCAGAACGCGUCGGCCAUCAUUAAGGGCGCCGGCUCCAGGGUGAAACUCAUCCUGCUCAGAAAUGAAGAUGCAAUAAACCAGAUGGCUGUCCCCCCUUUCCCUCCUCCCCCUCCUCCCCCUGUGCUCAGCCCUGAGGGCGUCUUUCCAGCUGCACCUGGUGUCCCCGCCCCCUCAGAAGGGCCGUGCCCCCCCGACAGCCUGGCGCUCCACCCGCCACCACCAUCCUCCUCCUCCUCUUCAUCGUCUGAGACACCGGUGAGCCUGCCUCACACUCACCUGUGCGGUGGAGCUGAGGUGGUACCAGGGACGGACCCGUCGCCACCGGACCAGACGCACGAUGAGGCCGAACGCAACCAGGGGACCAGAGGCAGCGUGAGCCCCCCCCAGAGUCUGAGAGAGGCCAACACCCUCACAAAGAGACAAAAGGAGUCCCCAGUUCCCGAGCUGCAGGCUCCCCGGGCGUUGCUGGAGCAGCAGUCCUGCAGGUCGUUCAGCAGCUCCAGUAAACAGACAGCAGCUGCUCCUCUGAUCAGCCCUGACCUGCAGACUGUUAACAGAGACCCGUCGUGCUGCGCCGUGGUUCCUGGUCAGGAAAUGAUCUUAGAAAUCUGUAAAGGUCGAUCAGGACUUGGACUGAGUAUAGUGGGAGGAAGAGACACACAGCUGGAUGCCAUAGUGAUCCAUGAGGUGUAUGAGGAAGGAGCUGCAGCCAGAGACGGUCGCCUGUGGGCAGGAGACCAGAUACUGGAGGUCAACGGGGUCGACCUCCGGGCAGCGUCCCACGAGGAGGCGAUCGCCGCCCUGCGUCAGACGCCAGCAGAUGUUUGCCUGACGGUGCUGAGGGACGAGGCUCAGGACCGAGACGAGGACAAGCUGGACAUGUUUCAGGUGGAGCUGCAGAAGAGGAGCGGCCGAGGACUGGGACUCAGCAUCGUCGGGAAGAGGAGUGGCAGUGGUGUGUUUAUCUCUGAGGUGGUCAGAGGGGGCGUGGCUCAGCUGGACGGUCGUCUGAUGCAGGGAGAUCAGAUCACGUCAGUGAACGGAGAAGACACGAGACACGCCUCUCAGGAAACUGUGGCCGCCAUCCUGAAGUGUGCUCGGGGUCCGGUCCUGUUGGAGCUCGGCCGACUCAAAGCUGCAUCCUGGAUCUCAUCCAGACGUAUCUCACAGGGAAGUCAGAUGAGUCAUGUGAGUGGAGGCAGCUCAGGUGUUGUAGCUCCGCCCCUCACACAGCCCCCAGCCUCAUCUGACCCCCCGGCCUCCAAACCUGCGGCCGUGACCUCCUCCAUGACCUCCUCCAUGACCUCCUCCUUGACCUCCUCCUUGACCUCCUCCUUGACCUCCUCCUUGACCUCCUCCUUGACCCUGCUCCUCAACAACAACGUCACGUCCACCUCUGACAUCACUUCCUCCUCUCCCAACAAUACAGAUGCAGGCUCCCGCACAGUGACAUUCACACGGGGCGUCAGUGACUCCCUCGGGGUCAGUGUAGCGGGGGGGAAGGGGAGCCCGCUGGGCGACAUCCCUAUCUUCAUCGCCAUGAUUCAGGCCAAUGGAGUCGCCGCCAAGACGCAUCAACUCAAGGUCGGAGACAGGAUCGUCAGUAUCAACAGUCAGUCUGUGGAAGGUCUGUCACACAGUGAGGUCGUCACCAUACUGAAGAACAGCUAUGGAGACAUCAACAUGCAGGUGGUCGCAGACACCAACAUCAGCGCCAUCGCCACUCAGGUGGAGAGUUUGUCCGGCAGCUUUAGUUUGACGGACAACACCGACACACACACAGCAGAACCAGAGGGUCCGCGGCCCCGCAGCAUCAGUCUGGUGAAAGGCUCUGAAGGACUCGGCUUCAGCAUCGUGGGAGGAUUCGGGAGUCCACACGGGGACCUGCCCAUCUACGUCAAGACCGUCUUCAGCAAGGGAGCGGCGGCGGUGGACGGGCGUCUGAAACGAGGCGACCAGAUCCUGUCGGUGAACGGAGAGAGUCUUCAGGCAGCGACGCACGAGCAGGCCGUCGCCAUCUUGAAGAAACAGAGAGGAAGUGUCACACUGGACAUCCUGUCAUAACACACAGCUCCCCCCCCCGCUGUGACGACACUCGUCCACACUAUGCAUCUUCCAGCACGGACACUUUCACUGGAUUCAAACCUGAGACUGAUACAACGUCUUUUGACAAGCAGACAGACACACACACACACACACACACACACACACACACACACUCACACUCACACUCACACUCACACUCACACACACACAGGGCUCAGGGCCUCGACAGAGACGUUCAUGAACUAAAGACUAAAGGGAAGUGAAGUGAACGCUGCUGCACACGUUAGCUUAGCAUCUCCUCUGUGUAAAGACUGGUUAGCUGUUAGCAUGGAGUUAUCAUUGUAAAUGUGGAAUCAUCUGGAACAUCUGGAGCAACACAUGACCAUGGACACGCCUCCUGUCGUGUUUCCUGUUAACGAACCUUCGGCCACUUUGUGCAGAUUGCCUGUUUAUUGCUGAAGCUCAAAUCAAAACUGUGCCAGAAUUAUGUUUGUAUAAUAAAAUCAUGUAGUGAUAAGUUAUAGAUCAGUUAUUGGUCGUUACUGAGAAACAUCUCUGUGUCUCCAGGCGGAGACUGUUUGACCUCUGACCUUCUGCUGCAGGACUGAUCGAUUAUAGAACCUGUUAUUGAUGAUUUAUAAAUAACAGCAAGUAACUUUAUUAACAUUUUACUAACAUGUAUAACGUCUUGGGAUUUAUUAGAAAGUGAUUUUAUUCAUGUUUCACCAACAUGUACGACUUCAUCAUCACUAAACAGUUUAAAUCAAUAAGGUUAAAAUAUUAAGAUAAUCUUUAAUCCAAACUGUCAUAAAUCUGUUGUGUGUUUUAUGAUCACGUCUAUGAAAAGAAGAGUGAAGUGACAACAAAAUCAGAAUCAAUCACAGAUUUAUUAGAAACUGAUCAGAUUUAAAUGAAGUUAGAGACAUGAAAUAAAAAUUAGAUGAAUAAAGUAAUAAAGUAAGAAUCAUGAGACGAAGUAAAAGCAACAAAAAAAGGUUUCAGAUCCACAGACUCUGGAAAUGAAUUCAUAAAUGUUCGUAUCGAUAAACGUCUGCAGCUGAAGGUCAGAAGUCAAACUGUCAAUCAGAGAGAGCUUCUUCUAAUGACUAAUAACUGAUCAAUAAAUGAUUGAUAAGUCUUUAAUGAUCCAUCAUCUACAGCUGAUAAACUUUAGAAUUAAAGCGUUUCCCCUGUGAUGCUCAGGGUGUGACAUCACUGCAGGGGCGUGGCCACAGGUGUCUCACUUCUGACAUCGUCUGAUAAAAUUAGUUGUAUUUUUUAUUUCAGUGAAAAUUGUAUUUCCAUAAACUUAUAUUAUUGUUAUUCAGUCAUGAACUCUAAUAUAAAAUAAACUACUGAUGAGACUCAGGACUCGGUCGUCAUGGAGACGCUCUGUCGCUCCCGGCAACACAUGCAGUGUCUCACACACGCUUGUUACCGUGGAGACACAUGUGACGGAUCAUAAGAAAAGACGACGUUCAGUGAAAAACUUCAGACAUUAGCUUAGCUUAGCACAAACACUAGAAGCAGAGGGAAAGUGCUAGCAUUAAAACCACACAUGGAAAUUUAGAACAUUAAUAUUUUUUUGUUGGUUCCUGGUUUCAGAGGAGUCGGAUAGAAGGUUGAUCAAGAAUAUUUUUAAAUAUUGUGAAUUAAAGUUCAACUACUGAUGGAGAGUUCGAUGCUCUCGUAUUAAACAACUUCACGAGAUUCUGUCAAAUUCAAAACCUUCAAAACUUCUUCGUAAAAAAUGUUGAAUAUUUGCUAUUUUUUGUCAAAUGUCACAGUAAACUGAUAUUUUCAUUUGUAGAUUUAGAGAUUCACUGAGGUUUAAUGUUUAAAUAUGGAAAUGACUCAGAGACUUAAAGAACAUAAAUCUGAGUUCUGGAUGAAACCAGGUUCAAACUUCUUGUUUCAUAUUGACGACAUGUUGGACUCAAGGUUUGUACAGAAAACAUCUGUAAAAAUGUAAAUCAGAUUGUGAACGACACAUAAACAAACCUUCAGAAUAAAAGUCAAUCAGUGAAACUAUGAUUCAACUCUAAGACACAAACUGAAAUGUGUAUUUGAUAUUAUUUCCUCUGGUCUGACAGAAAAACAAAGAAGUUUUGCUUUACUUAUAUUUCCAUCUCUGCUGUCAGACUUCAAACUGAUUAGAAUUUAAUUUAAACUCUGAGAUCAGAUCUGACUUUGGUUCAGUCUGAGAACACGAGGAUUUGUUCAUUUGUAGCUUCCUGUUUUAUUGACAUGAACUUUGUCAGUCAAAUGUAAAAUACUUUUUUAUUUUCAUCUUUUUGUGUCUUAAUUGAAAUUAGAUUUUCUUUCUCUGUUGAGUCUGUAUUGAUGUAAUUUAUUUUUUCAUCUCACUGGAAAAGAACACUUGAAUUUGUUGUUUAACGUCUUAUUUCUUCAUAAUUUCCUUCAAACAGGAUUAAAACUCUUUAUUUGAAUGAAUCUUUCAUCCUCAUGAAUAAAGACGAGACUUCACUUCACUAAACACA